AUGACUUCCACCGCACUUCCUGCCCAGAAAAAGGGCCGGAGUCGACGUUCAGGUACACCAUGGACUCGUGGUGGGUGUAUCACUUGUAAAUCCCGGCGCAAGGGUGGCUGCGAUAGAGCAACCCCCAGCUGUAACAAUUGUCUGAAGCUCGGCCGAGUGUGCGAGGGAUAUGAUGAUCUCUGGGUGGCACCACUGGGACCCUCAGCCCCAGUCUUCAAGUCGACUAGAGGUCCGAAGAGACAGAAACUCAAUUCAUCAUCGCCAUCGCAGCCACUAUCGCCGUCAUCAUCCCCAUCUUCAAGCGAUUCCUGGCAGGAUGUAUGGCAAAAUUCACAGCUAUCUCCUCAGCCGAUUACGCCAGGCUGGUCCAUCCCGUCCUCUCCACAAGAUCGAGUCAGAGAUCUUGAUGUGGAUGUGGCCAGUCACGAGCAGAACUCAGGCGAACAGGACCGUCUUUCCGUGAUCCCGAAACCUAAAGGCUUUUUGAGUCACUUAUCCGGCCAUGAGGCUCAUUAUUUGCAAUACCAUGAAGCCAUGGCCUCUCAGCGUCUUGCGAACCUCGAAAGCGAGCACAAUCCUCUCCGAUCAUUCCUCAUCCCUCGCGCUAUGUCUUCUCCUCUCCUGAUGAAGGCAGUAUGUGCAAUCUCAGCAAUGCAUCUGUCAAAUCGGACAGAUAGCCUUGAUGCGAAGACCGCGGCGAUUGACUUUUAUGGUCGAACACUGAGAGGACUACGCACUGUCAUGGCGCAGUCUGUAACGGAGAUCGUACCGGACGAUGCCAUCCUGGCCGUGGGCAUGAUGUGUAAAUACGAAGUUGUCCGCGGUAGUGUGCAGCAGUGGGUUGUCCAUCUUACCGCGCUGCAUCGGCUUAUCGCAUCGCGUGGUGGACUAGGUUCGAUGGAACCCGAGGCAGCACACUUUCUACGGGGAUUAUACGUGUAUGCGUACAGCAUGGGCCGAAUCAGCAAUCGGAAAAAGAUCCUCGGCAGUCUCAUCCUAGCUGAUACGGACAUGGAAGCUCCCAGACUUAGUAUCUACCUCGGAUUCACGGAAGAUAUUCUCAAAAUAUGUGCCUGUGUCGCAGAGCUACCAUCACUCCAAGGCGAUGAUAUCUCGCUACGAUUAUCGAUUGCAUCUAUAAAUGACUCCCUCCUCACCUGGACCCCCUCAUCAGCCCGCUUGAACAUCCCACAGGACCUCACACAAUCCACUCUCAUCCGCCUCAAGCUGGUCGCCGAAUGUUUCCGCGACGCUGGCUUCAUCUACCUACACUCUAUCCUCGAACACAUGAGUCGGGAUACUUCGCCUCCCUGCAAUGCCACCCCUCAACCACGAGGUCCCAUCACCGAAUGGUCAGCUCUAAUCACCACGCCUAAACAAAUCGCCAUUGACCGCCUCCUCUCUCGAAUCGAAUCCUUCCCGCUAGACGACAACUGCGAAUACUCAGCACUUACGUUCCCGUUGUUCAUUGCCGGCGCUGAGAGUGACGUUUUCGAGCAUAGAGACUUCGUGCUCCAGUCACUGGGUAAAUUGCAAGAGAAUUUUGGCAUAGGCAAUACCCUGCGUGCGAAGGAUGUCCUUCGUAUCCUGUGGGCAAGAAAAGAUGCCAUUGCCCAAGAUCCAUCCAAGAACGUGCACUGGAUGGAUGUUUUGGAGGAACUACAGUGGGAGUUGACUCUUGCAUAG